AUUUAGGGCAAAGUUUACUUUCGUGGGGGUCGAGUGAGCAGACCUGCGAAAUACUGCUGCAAGCAAGCUGAGGAAAAACGAUUGUGCACAGAGAACUGCUUGAAAUCCCAUGAUGAUGUCACCGGUCACGCUGAACCUAUCGCACCUGCUCCCUCCCACCUCCCUGUCCAGCCUGGCUCGCGGUUGGCUGGCGGAGGACGCCGUGAACUUCGACCCCGCCGGGGUGUGCGUGGGAGACAGGGAGCAGACUCUGGCUCUCCUGUGCAAGACCCCCGGGGGAGUGCUCGCUGGGGUCCCCUUUUUCGACGCCGUUUUUAACGAACUGGGGUGCGCGGUGGACUGGUUUUAUCCAGAGGGGACCCAGCUGGGCCCGGAACCGGUGACCAGAACCGCCGUGGUCCGGGGGCCGGCUCGAAACCUCUUGCUGGGGGAGAGGCCCGCGCUCAACUGCCUGGCCAGAGCCUCGGGGAUCGCAACUCGCUGUCGCCUCCUGCUGGCCACGGUUAAGAAGGCAGGCUGGGCUGGCAGUGUGGCCGGAACCAGGAAGACCACCCCCGGCUUCCGAUUGGUGGAGAAGUAUUCCAUGCUGGUGGGGGGCGUGGCCACACACAGGCAUGACCUCAGUGGGCUGGUGAUGCUGAAAGAUAAUCACGUGUGGGCUUCUGGCAGCAUAACACAGGCAGUCUCGGAGACGCGUCAGGUUUGCGGUUUCUCCUCUAAGAUCGAGGUGGAGUGUCGCUCGGAGGAGGAGGGGAGGGAAGCUGCGAGGGCUGGAGCAGAUAUAAUCAUGCUGGAUAACUUCACUGCACAGGGCGUCCACGCUGCCGCCACCUCUCUGAAGCGGGAGUUCCCCUCGGUUCUGAUCGAGGCGAGCGGGGGGGUGACGGAAGACAGCCUCCCCUUCUUCCUCUCCCCCUCCGUCGACAUCGUCUCCCUCAGCUGCAUCACGCAGGGCUGCCCCGUCGUUGACUUCUCUCUCAAGAUCCAGCGCAGUUGCCACGGGAAUGGAACCGCCACCACCAGCCCCGCCCAUAGCGACCACUCUGCCGCCGUCCCUUCUCCGGACACGCCCACCAGCAGGCGGGACUUUGCUUUCUGAGACACGCCCCCCGAGACAAAAGCAGACAAAAAAAAACAAAAAGUGGCUUCCUAGAGAUGGACAGAAGUUUUGCAUCACCUAGAAUUUUAGG